GUUCUCUUCGUGUGCGGUCCUGGAGCAGGAAGCCUAUGCACGGGCAGUAUCGUCGUCUCACUGAGCAACCGCCUGUGGACAUGAAAGAGACCUACGGAUGGCUAAAGGCAGCGAAUCUUCCUGCUGCAACUGAGGGACUGGUUGUUGCUGCUCAAGACCAAGCUCUUCGGACUCGGUACUAUGAGCGCAAGAUUCUACAUCGUGAUGUUAGUCCUACUUGCCGCAUGUGCAGUGUAGGCCUGGAAACAGUCGACCACAUUGUGGCAGGCUGUAGUGCUUUGGCACCGACGGACUACACUGAUCGACACAAUCAGGUGGCAUCCAUCAUUCACUGGGACGUUUGUCGCCAUUUUGGGGUUCCAGUGGAGAGCAGAUGGUACCGGCAUCAUCCUGAUAGGCUUGUGGAGACGGAUGACAUUACUAUGAUGUGGGAUACCACCAUCCCCACUGCCAGGAAGAUCAAAGCCAAUCGUCCAGACAUCUGUCUCAGAAAUAGGAAGACAAACACUUGUCAAGAAACAUGCUGAGAAGUUGGCGAAGUACAGCGACUUGCGAGUGGAGAUAAGCAGCAUGUGGCAUUGUCGAACACUGGUGGUUUCGGUGGUCUUGGGAGCUUUGGGCACAGUGCACGCAGGUAUUGCACGAUGGCUGGACAUUAUUCCAGGUCAUCACAACCUGCAGCACUUACAGAAAACAGUGUUUCUGGGAUCUACUCGGAUCCUUCGUAAAGUCAUGUCUUCUUUCUAGACAGCCGUGAUGGUCUAAGUACUUCUGAAGCAGGGUUUGCUUCCGGUACUUGUAAUAGACUUUACAAACCAGACUGAUCUGGUUGAGCACAACAUAAUUAAUAGUACAUAAAUAAAUAAAUAAAUAAAUUAAUUAUUAGUACAUAAAUAAAUAAAUAAAUAAAUAAAUAA